GUUAAUUUAGGCACUUGCACAAGCCCGUUUCCGGUGCAGCGCGCCAAGCGUUUUCUUAUUGGAGAAGCAGCGGCAGAAGCUGGAGCCGAAGCCGGGGUCCGUUCGAAACAAUGUUUGACCUGAAGAAGAGGAACAGUUUGACUCUGAACUGCAGACGGGAGACGGAGGAGUUCAGGCGGGUGGCGGUGAGGCGGAGGGCGAAAGGCGCCGCGGACGACUGCCACGCCUCGCGGACAGGCCCCAGUAAAGCGGUCCCCUUCCAGACUCCUCUGAGGGCAGGACAAGGCCCCAGUCCCAACAGAGCUGGACUCUACGGGCUGUCCGUGUCCUGCGUCGGCCUCGCCUCCCCCAGUCCUCUCAGAGGGGGCGGCAGGUUCUCAAACAGAGCAUCUGCUGCACAAAUCAGCCCGGGCACCGGUUCGUUCUUAGGAUCUCCCAGUCCGGGCAAGAGAGGCCUCCGGGGCUGUAGCCCUUUGAGGAAAGCGGGGCGCGCCUCUGGGAAGCCGUCUCCGGGAAACCAUGGCUCUGUAGCGGGAAGGCUUCGCACCCCAAGUCCCGUUCAGGGGAGCACGUGCAACCAGACCCCGAUGAAGAGCUCCAGAUCUUGGCUGCGACUGCACAGGAUCUCGAGCGGCAAGAUGAGAGGGCAGGAGAGGAGAGUGAGGAAAUGUGUGAGCGUGCCUGAUCUGAUUGGAUACUUGGAUGAGAAUUGGGUUGCCUCCGACCAAGUCUCGUGCUCUUCGCUGAAACCGCUGCUCUCGACGCCGCGCAAUCAGCCCGACAUCACCGUCCAGACGCCAACGAGAGGGAGCCCGGGCUCCGCAGCCGAAGCCUUCCUGCCGAGCGGUACAGAAGAACGUUCCCCGGUUGAACCGAACGCGGAAGACGGAAGGAUGCACACGGGGUACGGCUGCAAAUUCUCCUGUCACUGGAAUGUGCCAAGUGCAGGCGAGAAGCCCAGAGACGAGGAAGAGGAGGAGGAGGAGAGGAAGGUGGAGGGAGAAAGUGAGCUGAGGGACGAGGAGGACAGGUUAUACAAGAUCGCCAACGAGCUGCUGCAGACGGAGAGGGCCUACGUGGCUCGCCUCCACCUGUUGGACCGGGUGUUCUGCUCGCGGCUGACGGAGGAGGCGGCGCGGGGCUCGUUCCCCGCGGAGGUGAUCCGGAACAUCUUCUCCAACGUCGCCUCCAUCUACUGCUUCCACAGCCAGUUCCUGCUGCCCGACCUGGAGGCCUGCCUCAGCCACUGGUGCGACAGCCCCGGCCUGGGCAGCGUGCUGCUGCGGCACGCGCCCUUCCUGAGGAUGUACGCCGACUACGUCCGCAACUUCGACCGGGCCACGGCGCUGGUGAAGACGUGGACGGAGCGCUCCGCGGCCUUCAGGGGCGUCGUUCUGGACAUAGAGCGGCAGAGCGUGUGCGGCAGCCUGACCCUGCAGCACCACAUGCUGGAGCCGGUGCAGAGAGUCCCGCGCUACGAGAUGCUGCUGAGGGAUUAUCUGAGGAGGCUGCCGGAGGAAAACCCAGACUAUAAAUAUGCAUAUGAAACCUUGCAGAAUAUUUCCAUGGCAGCCACACACUCGAACAGCGCCAUCCACAGAGCUGAGAAGUUGAAGCGUUCGCUGGAGAUCUACGAGAUGCUCGGCGACCCGGAAGUGGUGAACCCGUCCAAUGAGUUCCUCCGGGAGGGUCGCCUGCUCAAGCUCGCUGCCAGGAACACGUCCGCCAUGGAGAGACACCUGUUCCUGUUCAACAACUUCCUGCUGUGCUGCACGCCCCGGUUCAGCCUGGUCGGCCAGCGGUUCACGGUGCGCUGCAGGAUCGGCGUGGAGGGCAUGCAGGUGCAGCAGACGGCCAACGAGGACCACCCGUACACCUUCCAGGUCUCUGGGAAGGAGAGGACCCUGGAGCUGCAGACCAGCUCUGAACAAGACAGAGAUGAGUGGAUAAAGGUAAUACAGGAAGCGAUUGAGGAGUUUCAGAAGAGAAAUCAAACCUUCAAACUGGCUUCCAAAGAUUUGGAUGUGGAAGAGCCAGAAGGCGAACUGGGCCGACGGGCCCCUCGAUGGAUCCGGGACAACGAGGUGACGGAGUGCAUGAAGUGCCGGGAGCCUUUCAGCACGUUCACGAGGCGCCGCCACCACUGCCGGGCGUGCGGCUUCGUGGUGUGUUGGAAGUGCUCGGACAACAAGGCGGCCCUGGAGUACGACGGCAACAGGCUGAACAAAGUGUGCAGCUCCUGCUUCUCCAUCUUAACGGGUCAGAGGGGCGACGCGGCGGAGGGCAGGAGGAGGGCAACGCUGGAGUUGAAGGCGCCGCCGAUGCCCAGUGACGGUCUAACGGGAGACGACAGCUUUAAAGCAUGCGCUGAGUGCAGCCUGCCUUGAGACGUGCCCCUCCAGCCUCCCACUGCUCCACAGACUGGACAGGUCUGGACAGGCACGGAUGUUACAACACCCCCC